UAAUGUUUAUCACUUUUUUUUUCCCCCCAGGAGAAUUGUAUUGUUCUUUGCCUAACCCUAGGAAUGUCCAUUUUGAAUCUAUAAACAUGAAGAAUGUCCUACACUGGUCAGCACCUGAUGGCACAGGAGAUGGAGUAGUCUACAAGGUGAAGUAUUCAGUAUACGGUGUUGGCAAAUGGAUAAGAAAAUCAGAAUGCAGGAAUAUCAGCAGAACGUGGUGCGACCUCUCGAGCGAGACAGCUGACUAUGAAGAACAGUACUAUGCGAGUGUGAAAGCCUUCCUGCACGGCGUGUGCUCCGACUGGACGGAGACUGCCCGAUUCAACCCUCUCACAGAGACUAAAAUUGAUCCACCCAUGGUAAGCAUAUCUUCUACGGAGAAAUCUAUUUCAAUCAUUCUGACAGCUCCAGAGAAGUGGAAGGGAAGUCCUGAGGAAGAAUCCAUAUCUCUGGCUCAGGUAUAUCCUGGCCUGCAAUACAAUGUGUCCGUCCUCAACAAAAAAACAAAGAAACGGUGGUGGUUCUCUGUCAGCAACACCACUUUGGUGGUGCCCUGGUUGGAACCUGGCACAGUUUAUUGUGUCAGCGCACAGAUACAUGUCACUACGCCGCUUUUGCACAGUGCAUUUUCCAAGGAGUAUUGCAUUGCUACUCUGAAAGAUAAAACAGCAGAUCAGAUCAUAACAAACCUAUUUGGAUAUGUUCUGCCUAUCACUCUGGCUGUCCUUUUUAUUUCCAUGGCAUGUUAUUAUGUGCACAGGUAUAUUCACGUCAGCAAACAGAAACAUCCAACAAACCUGGUAUGGCACUAUACUGACAAAUGCAAGGACAGUGUUUUUAUACCUUGUGAAAAAAUAGUGGUCAACCUUAUCACUAUUAAUGUGGAUGAGUACAAGGCAUCUCAGGAAUCCAUUCAUCUGUCAGAAGGGAAAGGUCCCCGUUAUUAUACCAUUUACAGUGACACUGUACAGAAGGAUUUGUCUCCAAAAGUAAUGCAGGAAACAAUAGAGUUGCUCAAUAUUUCACAUGAAGUGGAUAUUUUCUCAAAAGAGCACCAAACUAGGAACUGGUCACUUUAUGGCCAGGCUGGACCUAAGAAUACUAUGGGCCAAAAAAAUGAAGGGAAUAUAGAGUAUGGACUUGAUGUAAGGGCUGAAGACUUCACUCCUGGUCAGAAACUGAUGGAACUCUGUUUGAAAGAGAAGUCUUCUGCCCCUAGGGAACUGCAAGGUGAGUCACACCUGGUGGAGAGCUUGGCUAACAGUGAAGUAGGGCAGCCAUACUGUCCUCAACUGGAGAUGAUGACAGCAGAUCCUUGCUUGGAACAGAACCUGGAGGAACUGGAUUUGAAGAUGGUUCCUGCAGCAGAUAAAUUGCUGAAUGAGGCAUGUAUCAAUUUGGUGGACUUGGAUACUGAAAAAUCUGGGCAGACAUCCUAUCCUCUAAAAACAAUAGCACGGAGCCUCCAGCAUCCAUCUGCAUCAAAAGACCCUCAUCAAGAGAAGGAGAAUGAACAGACCAUAUUAGUAGACUGGGAUCCUCACACUGGAAGACUAUACAUUCCUACUUUGUCUAGUAUUGAAAAUGAGGCAUGUGAAGCUGUCUUUCAUUGUGAUGCUCCUGACAAAGAGGGAAUUUUGUCCAGACUGUAUAAGAAACAGAUAUCUGAUGAAACAUCUGAGGACCAAGAAAUGUGUCUUCUGCGAUUCAGGGAACAAUGGGAACUGCAUGUAAAAAUGGAAGACUGAGCAGUUGUUCUCUAACAUGCUUUGACAUGCAAAACCUUGUUGCACUAUCAGAAUGAUGGACUCAGUUGAGGAAAUGCAUCUUAAUGUAUUGAAAAUUUUAAAAGUGUCACAUUGAUAGGAAUAGUCAAGAGCUUGUGAUACAGCUUCUUCAUACUGCUCUCCACCCACCCUUAUGCUCUCCCACCCUACACACACUGUCCUGAUGUUAUCUUACAGCAUUCGCUGAAGCGUCAGUUAAACUUCUUCAAGAUACAGUAUUUAUAAUGAUUUUUAGUGAUCAUAUAAAUGAUUUCAACUCCCAUCAAAAUUUUCCCAGGUAACAUAUACUGGUUAAGAAAUUAUCUUAAAAAUAUAUGUAUAUAUUUUUGCAGAAAAAGUCUUUUAGAAUUCUCGUGGUAUAAUUCUUACCAAAACAAAGGACUUGUGUUGAGAAGUUAUUUUUAGAAAUUAAAAAAAAAAAAACUCUCUUUGAACACGUAAUAAAGCAAUAAAGCAAUAAAGCUAGGCAUGGAACAGGAGAGAACAUAGAAUAUCUUCUGGCCCAAAGCAUCUUACAGUCAUGGGACAUUUCACUGGGAACUUGUUGCUUAGCCUAUCUUGACAUAAUGUAGUCC